AUGCACUAUACCUGUUGGCGGAGGGAUAAACUCACUCUUUACAUUGAGCAGCGCGGUGCUAAAGCUAAUGCUAACACCUCACAUGGUUCGUCUUUUCUGUUUUAUGCUCGUUUUCGUUGCUCACAGUUUGCGUGUGUCCUCCGCGGCCUUUGCUCCGCCUGUAAAGGGUUAAACUGGAAGUUUGCGUGGACUCACGGUGUCUGUAAGGCCGAAGCCCAGUGCUUCUCCUCGGGCCUCAGCUGCAGCUCUGGCCGAGGCACACCUCCUCUGCCCGGACAGCAGCUGCGCAUGAAGCCGCUGCUCACACGCGGAGAGCUCCGUGACAAACUCCGUGAAUAA